AUGGCUGAAACACAUUCUUAUGUUACCCCUACUGUCAUAGAGAUUACAAGUCCUUUGUAUUUACAUCCUUUAGAUGAAAGUAAUUCGAUCUUAGUAGAAACAUUAUUAGGAGCAUCAAACUAUAGAAGUUGGAGAAGUUCCUUUAAAAUUGGUCUUGCUUCAAAAAGAAAGUUGGGAUUUGUUACAGGAGCAACUUCAAGGGAUAUGGCAGAUUCAGUAAAACAGGAGGCUUGGGAUACAUGUAACAACAUGAUAAUUUCUUGGAUUCUUAAUGGUGUGUCUGAACCUAUUAAGAAAUCCAUUAUCUUCUUAGACAAUGCACAUACCAUCUGGAUACAGUUAGAGCAACGUUUUUCUGUGACUAAUGGGUCACGAAAAUAUAAGCUGAGUAAAGAAAUUUUUGAAACAAAACAACUUGAUAGAAAUCUUUCUGAGUAUUAUGUUGAAAUAAGAGGAUUGUGGGAGGAAAUUGAAAGUCUCAAUGUAUUGCCUGCAAUCACACAAGUAGCCACUGAGUUUAAGGAAUUUUUGAAUGCUCUACAAACUCAGCAAGAUGAACAACGAUUAUUUCAGUUUCUCAAUGGUCUAGAUGAUUCAUAUGAGACUCACAGGAGUCAUAUUCUUAUGCAGCAGCCUCUUCCUACUGUUGAUGAAGCAUACAAUGUUUUAUAG